AUGGGACUGUAUUUCCGCGACUCGUUACCGCAAGCGGUCGCUCGACGGCGCGAUAUUCUCGACUAUAGGAUGGCGCCCAUACGGAGGAACGAUGUUGUCUUCCAAGCAUGUAUCGAUGCGCUAUUGUUUGCCCUGAAUCGCGCCAAUACUCGCAACCCAGAAAGGUUCAAGGAGCUCACAGACGGAGUGUUUGGCCAUGGACUAUGUCCUGUCGGGUCCUGGCGGGAUCAAGACAAUAUCUUCCUCAAAGGGUCGUUAGGAGAGCUGCUCUCGUGGAGGCCUGAUCCAUGGUGGAUACCCGAGGAUGCCGAUCUCUCGCGCAUGGAAACCCUUCUCUGCAACCAGACAGAUCCUAAACCAGCUCGUGCUGUCGAUCCGGAGGUCUACCACUCAUCCGUGAGCAAGUUCAGGUGCUACUUCGCCGCGGCUGCGGUAGCUAUUGAUUACCUACAUAAAAUACCAUCAGAGCAGCUAUUGCACCUUCGAAAGAUCGUCCUUAUCGAGGAUCGUAUGUCUAUGCUUCGUCCUGCAUGUCAUAUGCGAGGGCUAAUAGCCUUCUGCAAGAGCAAUCCGGCUUUACGCAUCGAGCACAAAAUUGGGCUUUUCCAGAAUCUCCUUCCGGAGAUCACACCAUGGGGAAUUGACGACGGCGAUUCAUAUAUAAUGGGCUACACCUGUCUCAUUAUGUUUGUACCUUGGAUCAAUGAGACCAUAUCAUUGUUCACUAACGGCAUGCCUUUUGAUGCCUAUCAGCUCAUCAUUGAUGGCAGUACAAGAGAGGCAGUUCACGCUUUCGAGAUCAUGAAGUAUGCCGCUGCCAUGCAGGAAGUUAUGCUCACUCAAGCAAAGCGUAACGGCGUGCAGCCUACCCCAUGGAUCCGCGAUCCCAAUGCUCGCCACACCGUCUCACUUGCGUGGCAACUGCCAGCAGGUUUCUCCCAGGCUGUACGUGGUAUCGUGGAUGGCACAUCGAAUAUACGAUUCACGGGGCCCGUAGGCGAGGUGUGGGAUGCGGAUGUCAUGUUCUUCGAGAGGAAAGACUGGACCGAAGCAGAAUGGCGGAAGGAGUGGUCAGAAAAGGUCGAACUUAACUGUCCAGAGACUGAUUUCUUUAAAGACGUCAAGGCGCAAUAUGAGCUGUAG